CUCCCUCUCUCUCUCUCUCCCAGGCUUCACAGCCUCCUCCCCCCUCUGAACAAACGAGAUGACCAUCGGUGGAUCAUCCAGUCCUCGAUUAGUAGAUCCAGUCAGGCGAGCGGGACACAGCCCACUGCACGGAUCAAAGAGAGGGGGCCAAAACAUUUCGGAUCAUCCUCAUCAGCUAUGAACCCUCCACGUUAAGUAGAAGUCACACGGAGCUCUCACACCAUAAACGCGUCGAGGAUGAGCGGGUCUGCAGCGGCCACAGGAUCGGCUUCUUGCCGUUUCGCCCACUAUUUUGUUGUGUGUGGAGUGGACACGGAGACAGGCCUGGAACCGGACGAUGGAGCAGGUGAGGCUUUUGAGCAGAGCCCUAUUCGACGGUCCUUCAAAUCAAAGGUUCUGGUGCACUACCCUGAAAGCACAGACAGGAACCCCUUCAAUAAAGAUGCUGUCAACAUGCUCUGUAUGCCGAGGGGUCUUUCCUUCCGCACUCAGGCUGACCGGCUUGAUCCUCAGUUUCACUCAUUCACAAUGUCUUUUGACGACGGCACACGUUCCUAUGGCUUCGUCCACACCUUCUACGAGGAGGUUACCAGUGCUCAGAUCAUCACUGCCAUGCAAACUCUCUACCAGAUGCACCACGUUGAGCACCACUCAGCUUCCUCUGCCUCCUCUCCCUCAUCCUCAUCUUCGUCUGCCUCCUCGCCCUCCACCUCCAGCAUGGACUCGCUUGUGAGCAGCCUGGAUGAGUCAGAUGCCGAGUCUUUGGCCGGGUUGUCUGGCUGCCUCGGCUGUGCAGGUUCUUUUGAUCCGGCACGAGACACUCUGUAUGUGUCCAAAGCCCUCUGCCUCUUCACUCCACUCCCCUUUCUUCAAGCUGCGCGACAGUUUCUGUCCCAGCUGCAUCAGGCUGUGACGUCACACACACCCCCACCCCUCCCUCUAGAGAGCUACAUCCAUAAUAUCCUGUACGAGGUCCCCCUGCCUCCUCCUGGCAGGUCGUUGAGGUUCCACGGUGUACAGGGACCCAUCGUGUGCCAGCGGCCUGGGCCGGGUGAGCUGCCACUGGGGGAGUAUCCUCUUGGAGAGGCGUUCUCCCUGCUGGGUGUGGACAAUAUGGUGCAACUACUUACCUGUGCACUUCUGGAGACGCAAGUCCUACUUUGCUCACAAGACUACCAGCGUUUGAUGACAGUGGCAGAGGGCGUCACCACUUUGUUAUUCCCAUUCCAGUGGCAACACAUCUACCUGCCCAUUGUUUCUGCACCGCUAAAUCACCUCCUGGAUGCCCCUGUGCCGUUCAUGAUGGGUAUCCAGCGCAGGGACGGAGCUCAGCGAUCCUCCCUCCACCUUCCACACGAGGCCAACCUGUGCUUUGUGGACAUUGACAAACACUCUGUCGAGGCUCCAGAGGACCUUCCCUUGUUUCCAGACCAGAUCGAGUUAAUCCAGGAGCUGAGUGAGGUACUGCUGCGUUUUGGGCUCCCUCCUCAGGGUGGCACGAUUAUUAAGCCUAACACCACCACCACCACCACCACCGCCACCACAUCUCCACGCCUGAGCAGUCUGGUGCUGGAGGAUCUGAUGGAGGACAGAAGGAACGGGAACCUCGGCGGCGAGGAGCUGGCGGUGCUGGAGAGGCUGCAGGCUCUGGCACGGAGGUGUGGAGGAGGAAAAAUGUCAGAUGAAGGGAAGACGCUGGGACACGUGUUUGAGGAGGAGGAGGAAGAGCUGAAGGCUGCGAAGCUCAACAUUCAGCUGAGGGAGGUGUUUGCAGGACGGUUUGCUGCCAUGUUUGGCAGGUACGAGGAUUUUGUCAUCCACAGCGCAGUUGAUUUGGAUUCCUGGUUGAGUAACCGAGAGGCGUCGUUCAGCUUUGAUAAGGGUUCUUUCCUCUCAGUCCAACCUGCAACCCACUUGCACUUCUUGUCUCGGUUCCUGGAGACGUCCAUGUUUUCUGCUUUUGUGGACGGGAAGGUGAUAUCUCGCUGGGCGGAUAGAGAGCCACUGCAGCAACUGUUUGACAACCGGCUGGAGAGAGAACGACUGUAUGACACAGAUGAAGAGGACUCCCGUAACUGUCGUUACAGGAAAUGCACUUCACUCUUUGAGUCAGCUCAGGCCAUUGAGCGCAGACUGCUGAAGGCUGACCACACAGCCAUACACCCCCACCUGCUGGACAUGAGGAUUGGCCAGGGUCGUCACCAGCAGGGCUACUUCCCCAAGCUGCAGGCUGAUGUGCUUGCACAGGGACAAAACACCAACAAGUGGUCCAGUCGUGUCACAGCAUCACGCAGGUCCGACCCCAAGAGAUCAACGGUGACUGAACACUCAGUGGAAAAUGAACAGAGACAGAAGCACACAUUUGUGAGGAAGAACCUGCGCCAGUCUAAGCUGCUCGACUCAUCGCCUCAAGCCGUCACUCAGACUCACAGAGAGUUUGUCGACGGGCUGCUAAGCGAGUGUCGUCUGAAGACCAAACGGAUGCUGAUGGAGAGGAUGGGGAAGGAGAGUGUGGAACUGGGUCAGGGAGAAGCCAACAUCACAGGCCUGCAGGAGAACACACUCAUCCACGGUCUGUGUGACCUACUGGAGAGGACUUGGGGCCAUGGUCUGCAGCUGAAACAGGGGAAGUCCGCACUUUGGUCUCAUCUGCUUCACUAUCAGGCAGCCCAGGGGAAGAUGGAGACACCAGCAGAGUCUCCAGGGGGGUCUAACGGGUCGGACCAGAGAACGUUUGAUGAUGGGACUCCUGUCCUGAGAGGAACUUUAAUACAGGAUAUGAGGUUUAUCCAGACCAUGAGUGAGGGUCUGUCUGAGGUGGGUCAGGCUCGGGCCUGGAUCCAUCUAGCUCUGGAGAAGAAAAUGCUGUCCCAACACCUGAAAGAGCUGCUUAAAAACCAAGAGCUGCUCAGGCAACUGUACAAACCUCAUGCAUUCCUGCUCUGUGAGGAAGAAAGAGAGCAGUUUUUGUUCCACCUGCUGUCUCUCAACACUGUGGACUACCUCUGCUUCACACGCGUCUUCACCUCCAUCAGUAUUCCGUACCGUGUUGUUAUAAUACCCAUGAAGAAGCUGAGUAUUGCGAUGGCAACAGUUAACCCUUGGGUGUGCGUGUCAGGAGAACUGGGCGAUUCAGGAGUUAGACAGCUAUCAAAGAAUACACAGGAGAUUUAUUUCCAGUGCAAGAACCUGGGCAGACUGAGCACUCUGCAGCUGGGACAGGAGAACUCUGGUCUGCUGGCCAAGUGUCUGAUAGACUCUGUGAUGGUGUAUAAUGAGAUCACUGGACACACCUACAAGUUCCCAUGCGGACGAUGGCUGGGGAAAGGCGUGGGUGAUGGCAGCCUGGAAAGGGUUCUCAUUGGUCAGCUGGUGUCCCCUGGUGGAGAGGAGGAUGCUGGAAGAUGGUCAGGGACACCUCCACCAGAGCUGGCCUCUCCUUCCCAAAGUGUGCGAACAGUGCUGGGAUCACUUGGCGGCCGAAGCAGAAUGUUGUCUGUUGAAGUUCAAGAGGACAUGAGGGAAGCAGCAAACAACCUUGUAAAACACUUCCACAAACCUGAACAAGAGAGGGGAAACUUGACAGUCUUGUUAUGCGGUGAAGGAGGUCUGGUGCUUUCCUUGGAGAAGUUCCUCCUGCACGGUUUCAAAUGUAACCGUCUUUUCCAGAGGAAUGUGUUUGUUUGGGACUUUGUGGAGAAGGCAGUGGUUUCCGUGGAGACAGCUGAUCAGAUGGGUGACCUGCAGGGAUCAGUACUGACAAAGGGUCCACCAUGUGACUCCCUGUGCCACUAUGUCAACGCCAUCAACGCCUCGCCACGAAGUAUUGGAAAAGAAGGCAAAUUCCAGCUGUUCGUCUGCCUGGGAAUCAGGGACCGGCUUCUCUCUCAGUGGCUCCCCCUGCUGGCAGAGUUACCCCUGACAACUCGAACGUACGAGGAAGGCGCUCUGCUGCGGGACCGUGCUGCCGUACACUCCCUCUCUCGCAUCCUACGCACACUCGAUGAGUUCUCCAUCACCCUGGAGACUGCACUGGUUAAAGGAGUUGACCUCUGACCCUGGCGGUGGAUCAAAGCCCCUGUUUUGUCAUCCUCUGCAGGAAUGCUGAUGGGUUCAUCUUUCCAUAUGCGGGGUAAAAAAGGAAGUGCAUUCAGACACUUGAGAACUUUAUCAUAAAAAAGGAGUGGACUACAAGAAGUCACUGGCAACUGGAACUCCAAACAUAAUGCCUUGUUCACUGAUGUAAAUGUCUUAUACUGUAUUUGCUUCAGGAAAUAGUCGGAUUUUUCCUAUGCUUGUUUACACUGUGAAAUUCUGUUUCCCCAAGGAGAAAUAGAGAGUCAUUCAUAAUCUCACAUCUACAGUAGACACAGCUCAACAUCCUAGGACAACUAUAACUCUCCUCCAACUGCUGUAUUGCUUGCACUCGAAUUUUAAACUAAGCACAUGCAUGGCCAAAAUCUUGUAUGUUUGUUUUCUGUCUUAGUGUGUUGUGAUCUGAAAUAUCAGGACUCAGGCCUUAUUGUUGUUAUUAUUAUCUAAACAUUUUUCUUGACUCAUUAAUUGGAGGAUAUCUUAGUAAAUAUACUCAAGAAAGAAAACGUUCCCACUCUAUAUGUUAGAAAAUGUAAUAUUAUUAUGCUCUUGUUAUACCGUGUAACAUCUUGCUUGUUUCUCAUUGUUUAUUUUAAAUUGGGGUCACAUACUGUGGAGUUGUUGAAACACUGAAACCAAACUGGUGUCCUAAUUGUGUCAGUUCAAAUAGCCCUCAUCACUGUCAGGAAGCUUUUUAUUUCUCUCUCUCUCAUUGUAAAUAUUUUGCUUCUUUAGAUCUUUGAUAGAAUUGUGCCCAUUUGUUAUUAUGGUGUAAUGAAUUGUGGCAUAUUUUUCUGUAUAAAAGCAUCUUGUUUGUGUCUGUGUGAAACAAAAGAUUCAACGAUGGACACACUUUACUGAUUAAGUGGAUAAUAGUCACGGUGUUUGUUUCUUAACUGUUCAGUUGUCUUCAGACAAUGAAUAGAGCACAGGUUCUUAUAAACGCUAAGGUAUUAUGUUGAUGUUGCGUUUAAUUUAACAGUUGAAGAAUUAUGAAAAUGCUGUCUCCUGCACUGUCCUGCAAGCACUAUGUAACCCACAAUGACCAAGCCUCUAUUAUUGUUUAAAUACAGAUUAGAAAAAGCAAUAAUGAAUUGUUAUUUAUGAAAUGUGUUGUCAAAGAUUAAAGUUAAUAUUGACA